CUAUGAAUAAACAAAUUAAAGUCACAUACUUGUCAGCUGAUGCAAGCUUUUAAAAAACAGGACUAUUUUCUCCUUAUUUUCUUUAUCUUUUUUUUUUUAUACAUAUUAUGCUGACAUUAUUUGCAGUGAUAUUGAUCAUAGGCAUGAUUGUCUUCUUUCUUAUCGCUGUGUUUUUGAUAUGCUUUACAAGGUCUUCUUCUGAGUCUGCUAUCUCUCUUGGAAGUUAUAUAGAAUAUGAAGACUGGCCAGUAGACCCAGACGACUCUAUAGCUACUUUAUCUGAAGACGCAAGGUUGAGUUAUGAAAGAGCAAAAGUAUUUCAAGACAGACACCCACCAGACAGUGUUCCUACAGAUAUUACACCACCUCAAUUUAUAUCGAUUCAAGAAAAAGGCGUGUCUGCAUUUGAAUUUGAAGGAGAACCUGAUGCAAAUGUGUAUGUGGCUGGCAGAACAGAAUUACAAUUUAUGCACGGUGAAUGUUGUAUACAAACAAAUCUUCCUUUACCAAGGCACCAAGAAGUAUAUUACUGGGAGGCAAAAAUGUUCGAGAAACCUGAGACAACAACUGUGUCUGUCGGGGUGGCUACAAAGCCAUAUCCUACUUGGAGACUGCCUGGUUGGAACAGAUAUUCAAUAGGGUAUUUCUCAGACAGUGGGUACAAGUUUUUCUCUUCUCCAUUCAAUGGUAAACCCUACGGUAUACCUUUUCAUCGUGGAGACAUUAUUGGUGUGGGUUAUAGACAUAGAACGGGUACUGUCUUUUUCACAAGAAAUGGCAAACGACUAGAAGAUGCUUAUACUGGCUUACGCUGGAAUUUGUUCCCUACGAUAGGUGCCAAUGGUCCCUGUCAAAUUCAUGUCAAUCUGGGGCAGUCAGGAUUUGUGUUUGUCGAAGCCAACGUCAAGAAAUGGGGAUUAGCACCUUCACAAGGCACAUUAGCUCCUCCGCCUGCUUAUGGCCUUGAAAAUGAUACCAUUCUCUUAGCUACGUCUGGUGGUCAACUGUCAAGCAGUAGUAGCAGUAGUCGACAUGAUUCAGACAGCUAUUCGUUACAAUUUAGACCUUCUGAAACCUUAAUCACUAUUGUAGACAACGAAGAUUAUACCGCAUCCUCUAUACCAAAUCCUCCUCCUUACCAGCAUACCAUUAUUCAGCAUUCAAAUGAAGAAACACUUUUAGAUUAAGUUUAUUAUAUAUAUAUAUAUAUAUAUAUAUAU